UCGAACACCAUUCCGUCGCUCGUCUAUAUUUAUCCUUGCGAUCUCCCCAAAUCCCUAGCAAUUCGAUUUCCUCUUUUCUUUGUGUCAUGUAACCGUUCGAUUUCGGAGCAUUUGAAGGAUCAGUGCGUGAGAGGGUUGGAGAUUCGCGGCGAGAUGCCCGGAGACUCCUCGCCGGAGCCGGAGCCGGACGAUCCGGACACCGAGUUCGUGGAGAUGGAUCCUAGUGGACGCUACGGCCGGUACAGGGAGGUCUUGGGGAAGGGCGCUUUCAAGACUGUCUACAAGGCUUUUGAUGAGUUGGAAGGAAUAGAGGUUGCUUGGAAUCAGGUCAAGAUGACGGAUUUAUUGCGGAGUGCCGAUGACUAUGACCGGCUCUGCUCGGAAGUUCUGUUGCUCCAGACUCUGAAGCACAAGAACAUUAUCAAGUUUUACAACUCGUGGCUGGACGACAAGAACAAUAAUAUCAACUUUAUAACUGAGGUCUUCACCUCCGGGACAUUGCGACAGUAUAGGAAAAAACACAAGCAUGUGGAUGUAAGGGCAUUGAAGAAGUGGUCGAGGCAAAUCUUGAGUGGACUUCACUACCUCCAUAGCCAUGAUCCACCAGUUAUCCAUAGGGACCUGAAAUGUGAUAACAUAUUUGUAAAUGGAAACCAAGGGGAGGUGAAGAUAGGUGACCUAGGAUUGGCAGCCAUUCUUCGCCAUGCUCACUCAGCUCAUAGUGUCAUUGGGACACCUGAGUUCAUGGCUCCAGAACUUUACGAGGAAGAAUAUAAUGAGCUUGUUGAUAUAUAUGCAUUUGGCAUGUGUCUGUUAGAGUUGGUGACUUUCGAGUAUCCGUACAUCGAAUGCACUAAUGCAGCACAAAUAUACAAGAAAGUGACCUCGGGAAUCAAACCUGCUUCAUUGGCUAAGGUAAAGGAUCCAGGAGUCAGGAGGUUUAUUGAAAAAUGCAUUGCCAACGUUUCUGAGAGAUUGCCUGCAUGGGAAUUAUUAUUACACCCUUUUCUCCGACUAGAUAUGGACAAUGACAGCAUAGGUUCCCUGAGACCAUCUCCAGGCCAGCCAGAUUUUGUUGGCCACUCCAAUUCAAGAACAAGUUAUGACAAUGAAGAACCAGCUACAACUGGUCGAGAUUUCACUGUGGAAGGUCAACGCAAAGACCUCAACACGAUAUCCUUGAAGCUCCGCAUCGCUGAUUCGACAGGUCAAUUUCGCAACAUUUAUUUCCCAUUUGAUAUUGGAGCAGACACAUCAGUAAGUGUUGCCACAGAAAUGGUGGCAGAAUUGGACCUUACGGAUCAAGAUGUCACAACCAUUGCUGCAAUGAUAGAUGCUGAGAUACAGGCAUAUGUCCCAGAUUGGAUGCCGGGAUAUGCUUUUGACAAUAAUAGCAAUGAUGAUACUGUUUCAGAUAGCAAUAGCCAUGCAUCCGAAGCUGUAGAUGAAGUUUCUGCUUUGCCCAAUCAAUCAGAUUAUCCUUCUGGCGGUCUUACACUGGAACGGUUCCCUUCUGGUCGCAAGUAUUGGUCUGGUUCUCCAAAGGCAACUACUGUGGACUUGCCAUCAUCUCCUGCACGUUCUAAUUCAUAUUCCAAGUUGGAUGAUCUGCAUGGAAGUGAAGACAUAUCUGAUGAGGUUUACAAUGGGAAGGGUGAUUCUUUUAACAAGGAUGGCCAGAGAGAACGUUGCCCAAAUGACAGCUUUUCAGCCAAACAACAGAGACAUUCCCCACAUUUUAGCGACAGUGGUGACAAUAGACUGGAUAUUGGUUUGUCACCGUUAUCUUCUAAUUUCAGAAACCGGUCCUCCAGUAACAGGCUAAACCAGGAUAAUGAAGAAUCAGCUUCAUGCGCUGGAUCUCAGAUGUGUCAUGCCCCAGCCAACUCUGAGCAGCACAAAGGCAAUGAUCAACAUGUACAUGAAACUUUGCUUGCAAAUGAGUCCGAAGAUGUGCGGUCCGUCAUGCACAAAUUAGAGCAUUUGUUGAUUGAGCAGCAGAAGGAACUCGAUGAUUUAGAAAAGAAGCAUAGUGUUGCCAUAGCAGAAAUUUUGAAGGAACUACCUCCUGAGCAACACAGUGAUGUUCUACGUAAAUGCUGCUCAAAAGUUAGUGUUAGUAAGAUGCAAAUAUAAGUAUAAUGUUACCAGAGCUGUUCCCUGGUCCCAGAUCCCUACUCAUAAUAGCCCAGCUAUCAUGCGGAUGAACCUUUGGAGCCAUCUAUUGUGCUACAACAACUGACUUGUUCUUUCCUCCAAAUGUGUGACCACCGGCGGCACGUAAUUGAUUUCUUUUUAUUGUUUUAUUCAGAAAAUAAGGGUGUGCAGUCGAUAGCAUGUGAUGUGGUCACUUCUAGGGAUUAUUCAUAUUAUUUCUAGAUGUGCAUUUAAAUCAUCUGAUGCUGCAUAUACCGAGUCAAAGUGGAUGGGGUUAUGUGGAAAAAGUGUCUGCUUGGUGUCGUUAACAGUAUGCUGUGUAUUGUUGUACAGUUCUAAAUAUAUCUCUCCAGCUCUGUCUGGUGCUGCUUCUGCUCCUGCCAGAAGUCUCUGUUGCUAAACCUGAUGUUUGAUGAAGUGAUCUACUACUAGAGCAGGUCCAACUUCCUGUUCAUUUCAUGUUAUGUUCAGCAGUUUACUGGGAUCCGAAAUGUACAUGCAGCUACCACCCAGCAUCUGCAGGUGGUGUCAUCUUGCAAUAACAUCAACUGCAUUGAUACAACA